AUGCAUACAUCGGAGGAUCCAUCAUCCACCACUGCCUCCUCGCCAACCUCAGGCAGUGAUUCAUCGGUCACCUCGAGCGACCCUGAGACGCAAUCGUCGACAAGCUGGGCCAGUGAGGUAGAGACAAGCUUUUCGAGGACUUCGCCAGGCCACGUGAGCGACACACAGACAAGCACGCAGACUUCGGCGUCGGUCACCACCGUGCCGCCCACUGUUACGAGCUCGACGGCCACGGACAAUGUAUCGUUCACCACAUCCACCAUCUCGAGCGUGGACUCGAAUUCCGUUUCCAGCUCAUCCGCCAGCGCAAGCACCGAGUCCGCCACGACGUCGGAGCCGCUGAGCACAGACUCGGCCGCAUCGAUGUCGUCGUCCACAGCAGAAAGCACGCCGUCCCAGACUUUCGAUCCUUCCAACUACUCCUACUACGAGGUGACCCUGCCCGUCACGUUUGAUCCCGCCGACCCGACCCUGCCCCCCACCACUACAGAGACACUGUCCAUCACCCCGACGGCAGAGCCCCUAUGUGCGCUCCCCAACCCUGAAGGUCAAGAUCUGAGGCUGGGCGACAGCUCUAGCCACCGCUUCGUGGCCAAAGAUGGCCGCAUCGGUGUCCUCCGGGACAGCGACUUCCCAUCAUUCCGGGCCGGCGCCGUUGAUGACGAUGCUCAGGGAACUAUGGCUGCGGCAAACCAGGCUUACUAUGCGGGCAUCGUGUUCCGGCUGACCGCGGCGCCGAACGGCUUCUACGACCUCUCGACCACGAUCGACGGCAAGGUCCGCUACGUUGGAUACCAGGUGGCUGAUGGCCGUGUCGUGCUCACCAAUACCAAGGCGGGCGCUCUUGAUGCUGCGACCCCGCUGACAAGCAUCUUCAAGGUGUCGUGCGCAGGCGAGCUCGAGGCGUGGGCGUUUUCAGGGCUCUUUGAGCUCACCUGGAGGGUCGAUAGCAGCGGCGACUAUACGGAAAUGGUGGCCCAGAGCCCCGGCAACGGCCAGGCCAUCCAGAUCACCACGACCACAUCACCUGGCCCCAUUUCUGACGGCACUCCGGGGACUCACGGGCGUAGAAGUAGCAGUCGGCCGCGCUAUGGAGCCAUGCCAGAGCUGACCGGCCGGGACGUUAACAAGUAUUCAGAGGGCCAGUACCCGCGAGUUCCCUCGACGCCGGCCGGGCUUAUCUCACGGGCGCGGGCUGGGGCGCGAGGGAUGACCUCGAACGGGUGCGGAUCGGGAGCGCUGGGCAAGUACGUGCCGCAGCUGGGCUUUGGACACUGCUGCGACCUUCACGACUUCUGCUUUGACAACUGCGCCACGGGGCAGGUCGAGCGGUGCAGUGACAACCACUGCGCGCCUGGCCAGUUUGAGCGGUGCAACUCUGCCUUCUACGACUGCAUGAGCAACUCGGUCUGCUCGCAGAUCUCGUGGUUCUGGCACCCGGUCGACCGGGCCGUCUGCGAGGCCGAGGCCGUCUUCUACACGGGCGUCGUGUCGACCGGCCUCGGGGGCGACGCCUUCAAGGAGGCCACGGCCGAGCGCUGCGGCGCCUACUGCUCCCGCGGCGAGCCCUGGUGCUACCUCGACGGUCCCUCGAGCCCGCGCCGGUGUGCCGCGGCCACCGACAACACCAACUGUGCCGAGUGCGGCCAGCGGUGCGACACGAGCAAGGGCUACCAGUGUGUGGGCUCGCAGUGCAAGUGUACGGCCGACGUCGUCAACGACAGCAACAACUGCGGCGGCUGUGGCAACAAGUGCCCGCCUCACACCAAGUGCAGCGGCGGUGCCUGUGUCUGUGCCGACAACAAGUGCGGCAACCUGUGCGUCAGUGUCCUAACGCACCCGCGCAACUGCGGUGCCUGUGGCAGCGUGUGCGCCUCGGGCUACUGCUGGGACGGCGCCUGCAUGGACGUCCCGCCGCCAGACCCAACAGGCCCGGCCCAGUGUCUGCCGACGGACGCCGUCAAGAACGGUGGCUUCGACAGCCUGGCCAACCCAAGCCCCUGGGUCGGGUCCGCCUUUAAAGGGAGGGCCGAGUUUGUCAAGGACAAUGGCAAGAAUGCAGCGCGCCUCACCACCGACUACGCCGAGAACGCCUUCUUCGAGCCUGCCCCGAGUGCCACGCUCUACCAGGACCUGACGCUGUGCCCUGGGCUGUACUACGAGCUGACGUUCCAGCUCCGCGUCAUCACCAGCGGCGCACUCGGAGUCAGCCUCAGCCACGACACCUCCUUCACGCCGCUAUACGGCGACAUCUUUGGGCUGGCUCCGCCCACCAAUGGCGGCAACUGGCAAGGUAUGGGACCUUUUGGGUUCACCGCCCCGGAGGCUGCCGGCGACGGCGACAAAACGGUGCAGCAGCGCCUCUACUUCUCCGUGGGCUCGACCUCCUUCCUGGGGCCGUACAAUCCCGCCUCCAUGGCUUUCGCAGAGAUCUCGUUCUACCCGGCAUGA